CUCGGAGCUCGGAACCUCGGCGCAGUUCCACCUUUGACCUACAUACAUACUGACCCAAUAAAGCGUUUGACGGCGUUUCAACACAAACGUCCUGAGCACUGGUACUCUAGACGCUUGAUUCAAGAAUUAAAGGAAAUUCAUUAGAGCAAUAUGUCCACAACCCAAAAGAAAUGGCCAGCCGAGACGGACGAGGCCCACCCGGAGAUUUUCACCGUGAUGCCUCCACAACCCAAGGAGAAAAAACCCGGACAACUGCCGGAAAAGGACAUCCGACAGUUCUUUGAACUGGGUUAUGUCGUGGUGGAAGAUUUCUUCGAUAAGAAAGACUUGGAAGCUUGUCGGAAGGCGAUCGAGGAGAAAGUUGAACAGCUGGCUCAGAAACUUCUUAAGGGCGGCAAAAUUACAGACACUUACAGUGAAUAUGGAUUCUUUGAAAGACUGAGUAAGCUGGAAAAUGAUUUUCCUGGGGCAACUAUUCUGUUGCACAAAAUGGGCACUUUGCCAAAGGCUUUUAGCGAUCUGUGGUCCAAUGAACGGUUGCUAAAUGUUGUCGAGCAGCUGAUUGGUCCCGACAUUAUGGGACAUCCGGUUUGGAACCUUAGAACCAAGACCCCACAGAAUGAAUCAGCCACAGUACCAUGGCAUCAAGAUGUUUCCUAUCUUGAUGAAACGUCCUACAGAGUACUUCAACCCACAGCCUGGAUCCCAUUACUGGACGCAGACAAAAAAAAUGGAUGCCUACAGAUUGCCGAAAGAGGCCACAGGACGGGGAAAAUCGCCAGACACACAUGCUGUGCAGGGAAUACCUGGUAUACUAACUUGGCAGAAGAGGAAAUGGUCAAAACCUUAGGCGUUGACUUGGAGAAAGACCUGAAGAUACUUCCGGUCAGAUAUGGCGGAAUGGUCCUCUUUAACAAUAUUAUCCCCCAUAGGAGCUUGCAGAACUUCUCAGAUAAGAUCCGUUGGAGUCUAGACCUGCGCUGGCAAACUCCGUUCCAACCGGCAGGGUUCCAUGGUAUCAAGGAUGGAAUCGUGUUCAGGUCAACGCAAAACCCCAACCUGAAAAUAGACUGGGACACUUUUAAUGAGACCCAGAGACACACGGGUGACCAGAUAAAGGAAGAGAAGGAUGAAUUCGAUACGAUCAUGACGGGUCCGUGGAUGUUGAGAUGGGAGAUAACUCAUCAUAACCGUCAUACUGACGCUUUGAAUAAAGAGAAUCCGGUGUGGACCAAGGCUUAGCAGAGCAAAUUGGUCCCUGAAGACUGAAAGACUGA